AUGGCAUCAAUCAUUGACUCUCUCGGUUCUCUCAUCUCCUCCAUCUUCCAAUCCAUUCUCGCCGUCUUCCAGGCAUUUGUCGACGUCGUCCAAUCUAUUUUCAACGAGGUCCUACAUGUCAUUAACAUUGCUUUUGCGAUGGUUGGAAACGCUAUCUCCGGUCUCGCUCAAACCUCUGAAGGACUUGUCAAAUUCCUACUGAGCAACAUCAUUGUCAUUGGUGCUCUAGUUGCGGGCUUCUUUGUCUACUCGGCGUACAAGCAGCGCAGUGGCCGAUCGGUAACCAAGGCUAAGAAAACCACUUAG